AUGAGCGCCAUUCGUAGCCUCCUGGGCUUUGGGUCAAGCCGCCAGGCUGCUCUCAAUUUGCAACGGCGUCAAAAUACCAUCCAAGUCCCAGAGGGUUACCAGCGCCUGAACAGUCAUGCCGACAUUGCAGUCUACUUAUUUCAUCAAGUGCAUCGUCGAGUCUUGGCCCGUGGCUACGCCGACUUUUUGCAGCAAGUAGGCAAUGUGCAACAGCUCGACAUGGAUAUGGUCUUAGACCUGGCUGCGCUCUGUAUUCGCCGCGAAGUCCUCUCCCACCGUGCUGUGGAUAGAAUCGCUAUUCGCGAUAAGCAUCUCCUAGCCUUGGACAAAAGCACACAGUUUGAAUUUGCCAUCCCCAAAACCAUCUUGGCCAGCUUUAAGAGCCCAAAGGACUUUCGCAAGCGCUUGUUGACACGCUUGCGCCCCUACGAUUCAUAUACCAGCUUUGAGUGCGCUGAGGUCUACCUGCAGCGCGUGGCCAACCUUGCACCUCAGUACUUUGACAUCCGCUUAACGGCCAUCAUCUAUUUGUCCGAUGCGGAGCACUUUCAUGCCCAGGCGCUGCUUCAGCCCGGCGGUGAUAUUGCAUAUGAGCGUGCCGAUCUUCCAGUUCCCAUCAAGCUCUGCGGGAUCCGUCAGAUCACCUCAAUUGAGCGGGACACGUCAGCACAAUCGGCCAAACGCGUUGUCAUCCGCCUUUCCUUCGCCGACACCUCGGGUGUCGCUCAGAGCAUUGGCGUGGAUUUUCGCAAUGUGUUCCUGGGCGACAGUUUUGUCAACCUGCUUCGUGGCUUUGUGCAGCUCAUUGUACCCCGACGGGUGGAUGCUCUCUGGGGCCAUGCGCCCUGGCCUGAGUCUGCCAGUGGUACAGGUACGCCGGCCGUGGAGCCGGCGGAAUCAGAAUCGGCUAGCGACCAGGGUGAAUCCUUUGUGUGGCCCCCUCCCGAGAGCGAGGUUGAAGAUUCUGAGCCCACAUCGCCAUUGCGCGCUCAGGCAGUCAUCGAGCACGAUGAGGAUCAAAAUGAUGAGUGCGUCUCUGGCUCACAAUGGCAGAGCGAGAACCAGUUUCAUAUCUUUUACCGUGGACACUUGGGAUCGACUGGAACGGCGGGCGCCUUUGGCGGGCGUCCCAUCUCCGUCAAAGAAGUCAAAACGAGCAUGUUUGAGCCACGGCAAAAUUUCCUUUAUGAGGUCCUGGAACAUCUCGAGGUGGGUUGGCUGGGGCAGUACUUGGACCGGAGCCGUGCCCACAUCGAUCGAUCCACGGUACUUGCAUAUGCGUGGCAACUCGCCACGGCACUCAGCUUUGUUGAGUCGCGUGGCUUUGUACACCGCAACGUGCACCUUGGUGCACUGCGCUUGAGCACAGCAUCCCAUCUCAAGCUACGGGAUCGCUCCGAUUCGGUGGAUUCUCGCGCCCGCUUCCGUCAACGAUCCUCCAGCAUUACGAAGAUCAUUUCGUCUGAUGAGUUGGCGUUCCAGCGCUCGCGGUCUCGAUCCCGCGGGAAUUCUGUGUCCACAUCCGAACGAUCCGACUCACCUGCGUCCCGUGUGGGCGCCGAAACCUCAAAUGCGUCUUCUUUGGCUAGCUCAAACCCCUUUGAACUUGACGAAGAAGAGGCAGAUGGCCCCACAGAAGAGGAGGCGGACCUUGAUGCCACGCUACUGUUUGCUCCACUCUCAACGGAGACUCUGGAGGAUGGAAAGACCAGCCCUCUUGCAGAGACAACCGCAACAACGAUGAGUCCCGAGCUCGAAUCCAUUUGGGCGAUGGAGCACACCACGGCUGAUGGUGAAGGCGAGACGGAGCAAUCUCGCCCCGAGACGACAGACGCCGCGGCCAGCGAUACCACGUUGAUGCGACACCACUUCGACCACUCACGCUCUGCUUCGGUGGACGGGGAGGCAUCCGGCUUGUUCGACCUUUUGAGCCCCAGCUACACCGACGAUGAGGAGCAUGAGGAUGAAGAGAACGAGGACAGAGCUGAGUUGGCUGCCUUGGCCCGAGCCUUUUUCGAAGCAGGCGACUUUGACAGCAAUGGCCAGUCACCCUUUUUACCACCGUCCAAUCGUGCCUCGCUGGGUGGCCUCGGUGAGCCCAUCCUGCCACCAGCGGCCCAAUUGAAUCCCAUCAGCCCCGACGGCAGCGCUGAUAUGGAAUUGUCUCAAGAGCCUUCCGAAGCUCCGACCCCGAAUGCUGUGCAUAGCAUCGCCGAAAGCGUGGCAGCAGACACGGAUGAAACGGCGAGUGUUGACGAUCGGGGUGAAGUACCAGAGAGCGAAGAGGAGGGCGACCUCCACUCGGACGCCACUGCAUCUGAGCAAGAUGAAGUGGGCCUAAGCGAAAGCGACGAUAUUGCCAUGGAGGCGGAUGGCUCGAGCCAAGUGGCUCCAGAAGAACUGCCAGCUGAUGAGACCGAGGAUGAAAGCGCGACAUCCGACCCCAACUCCACACCGGCCAAUCGGGAUGACAGCGCAUGGGAUAUUGAUCCUUUGGCAAGUGAGACAAGCUCCAUUCACAGCACAAGCCCAUGGAACAGUGCACGGACUUCGCCCGAGCCCCAGGUCGAGGCCUCGGAUGAGCACCUGCAGGACUCCAAGGUCGAGGACAAACCAGACGCCUUGGCCAGCGACGACUUGGACGCAACUUUGGUAGAACCACCAUCUCCAGUCACACUAGCUGCCAAUGCAUCUAGCCCACAAGCUAGCUUGACAGAGGUAGCCAAAGACCAGAUGUCGAGCUUGGAGGAGACCGAGGAUGGUGUGACCACAGUCAAGCUGACAGAACUGCCGCAGCAUGCUGAAUUGCCCAACGGUAUUGGUGACGCCGCGCCUAGCCAGCCAGUAUCAGAACAACAGGCUUCGACUCGAGACUUUGGUGCAAGCCGAGACACACCCAACGAACUGUUGAGCCAGAACUCGGGGUCUGCAGACGCUGAUGAGAUUUUAGCACAGCCAGGCGAGGCUGCUGAGGAUGGGCGUGGCUUGAGCUACUCUAAAGCCCCAGUUUUGGAACAACACGACAGCGACACGGCGCCAUCAAUGAUACCUCCUUUGAAGGGCUACGCUGAGGUGCCCGAGGUACAUCAGCCCGAGGCUAUGCCUGAGCCGCAGGCACAGCUGGAGAGUGAGAUAGAUUCUGAGGCACCAAUUACCACUGAGUCACAGGUCGAGCCCCAACCCGAGUUCAAGUUGAAGCCCACUCUGUCCUCACCAAACUCACCACUUGCGACUCCCCUUCCCGAGGACGAAAAGUCAUGCACACAGGAGAACACAGCAGUUGCAGGCACCCGUGGAGAGCAUGCCAAGUUUGUCCAGCCCACGCAAGCGCUCGAAGCGCAACACCGUCAUCAUGCUGAGGCCGAGACCGCUGCUCCAAUGGCUAUGCACGAAGCCCCAACAGAGUCGAAUAUGCCAGCCGAAAACAUGGUGUCGCCCACCGGAGCAAGUUCAAACAAGUCUCCUGUGGCAUCUCUCACCGAAUCAAGCUCGCCGAUCCCCGGCCAUACGGACCAAUCUGCUGCGACAUCGGGGACUCAAACGCAGGUGGCACCCGCCUUCCUCACUGCAGAAGAGACGAGCAAGCCGCCAGACUUGGCCGCACUGCGCCGCAAGAAGCAAGCAUUGUCCCAAGACAAGGCAGCGGCCCAGGCAUCGGCUCAGCGCGCUGCCAAAACUACACGUACAAAGCCCUCUGGUGAUCGCCUGCAUAGGCCUGCCACCAAGCCCGCCACCACACGACCCGUCUCCAGUGCCACACAAAAGCGUCGUCAACAGGCAGCCGCCAACCGUGGUGCGGUUCCACCAAAGACAGGCGAAGCCAAGUCGACAACCAGCACGACGACGCGCAAGACCGUUCGAUCCAAAAUUGACACCGGUCUGUCUCGGGCGGCCUCUACCCGCAAGGCACCUUCAUCCAAGACGAGCAAGGCGCCCAAGAACACGUCCAAAGGCACCCAGGCUGCCACCAGCAACAGUGGAAAAAGUGCGACGGGCUCUGAGAGCAAAAGGACCAAGAGCGUACGAUCCACAUCACGCGGCGCUGCUACCCCGAGCAAGAAGGUGGCUUCAGCGACAGGGUCGAAGAAGUCAGGGUCCGCGCCCAAGCUGCCACCGCGUCGCGUGCCGACCGAAUCCGUAGUCCCCGCCGUCCUUCUGGAUUUGCAAGCUCGACUCAAGUCCAUGACGGCUGCGUGUACCAACCUUCGUGGUUUGGCGCUGGGUAGCACCAAGGAGGAAACCAUCUGGGUCUUGGAGCAAGUGCUGCAGGUACGUGCCGACACAUACGCCGUUUCUCUUUUUCGUGUGUUCAUGUCCCAAGGCGAGUUUUUCCAGUCCACCUGCUCACAAGUUGAUACUGUUGCAAUCCAAUUUUGA